AUCAAAUGUCUAUCCCUUGGGCAAUGCUGACGGAGCUCAUCAGAAAAUUCCCAACUACCUUAGGGAUUUUGUUCCCAUAUGCGUUGAGUCCUGAAUUGGUGAAGACUGACCGACCUGUAGGUGUUGUGUGAACAAGAUUUAUCAUUAGGGAGAUUACAUGCCGAGAUAAGUAGAUUUUUGAAAGACGGUGACUUCAAGAGAAACAGCUAAAAGAUGGAUCACCGAAACAAAUUUGCUAGAUAGGCUACCAUUUCUAGACCCCAUUAUUUUAUUAGCAACCGUCAAAAGCUGCAUUCAAUUAAUCUUUGUAUAUAUGGAUGGCAUCUUCUCCACUCUCCUUGUCCAGAGUAUCUUAAGAGACGCCGUGGCAUCUCCAAAAGUUCACUUCUCUAAUCCAAAUGGAGCGUCCCCAAAAGUUCCUGAACUCUGUAGCUUGUCUAUGCUUAUGCAUGAUUUUGUGUGUUGAUAUCCUGGUAACAGAAGCUGCAGCACCUGUUGCCGGAAACGAAACCGACAGGCUUGCCCUGCUCGCAUUUAAAGGUCAGAUCACCGAUGGCCCCGCCAGAGCCUUGAGCUCCUGGAACGACACCGUCCAAUUCUGCGAAUGGGAAGGGAUAAAAUGCAGCGCCAACAGCCAAAGGGUGACAAUCAUCAGCCUGCAAUCCAAAAGGUUGGCUGGAUCAUUAUCUCCAUCUCUCGGAAACCUCACCUUACUCCAGGAACUUAACCUCGGAGACAACCAUCUGUACGGUAAUAUCCCCCAAGAGCUUGGAAAACUCGCCAGUUUGAGAAUACUCAACCUGACUUCUAAUUAUUUCAAAGGGCCGAUCCCUGCCAAUCUAUCCAGCUGCAAGGAACUGAGGCAAUUGUUCUUGGGCGACAAUGUGCUCGUGGGAGAGAUACCCACCGAGCUCACCUCACUGCCGAAGCUACAAGAGAUGCAGCUGCUUGUUAAUAAUCUCACCGGCAGCAUCCCACCAUCCAUCGGAAACCUCUCAUCUCUCACCACGCUGGUCAUGGGAAGAAAUAACCUUGUGGGGAGCAUCCCCCAUGGAAUCGGCCUGAUCUCAGGACUGGAGUUUCUUCAGAUUGCCGAAAAUCAAAUAUCAGGUACGAUACCUCGAUCCCUCUACAAUCUCUCGGCUCUCACUUUCAUCGCCAUUGCGACCAACCAACUGCAUGGAAGCCUCCCACCAAAUUUAGGUCUAGCUCUUCCAAGGCUCGAGACAUUUUAUGCGGGCGGUAACCAGUUCGCCGGACCAAUUCCAGUUUCAUUAUCGAAUGCUUCCGGCCUAAUGAAUCUUGAUUUUGGUUACAACUACUUCAGCGGAUCGGUGCCAGCAGAUCUGGGAAGAUUAGGCGGUCUCCUUUGGCUAAACUUCGAAGGCAAUCAGCUGGGAGCGGGGGAUGCUCCCGGUUUGGAUUUCCUCCAUACAUUGAGCAAUUGCACAAAAUUGAAGCUUUUGGACUUUGACAGCAAUAGAUUCGAAGGCGUGCUACCCAAUUCCAUCGCCAACCUCUCCACCCAACUCUCUAUGCUCAUCCUGGGUGGGAACCACAUACGCGGAACUAUCCCUGAUGGGAUCGGGAACCUGGCUGGCUUAACCGUGCUGCGUAUGGAAAACAACAUCCUUGCCGGUAGUAUUACAGAGUCCAUUGGGAGGCUUCAGAAUUUACGACUAUUAAGCUUGUUUGGAAACAAACUCUCAGGAUCAAUUCCACUCUCCCUUGGCAAUCUCUCUCGGUUGUUUGAUCUCCGUUUAGGGAAAAAUGAUAUGGAAGGAAGCAUUCCUUCGAGCCUUGGGCAGUGCAUCAAUUUGCAAUUUCUAGACCUUUCCGACAACAAACUCAACGGUACAAUACCGACACAAGUCAUCGGUAUCUCCUCCCUAUCAAUAUUUCUCGGUUUCGCUCGCAACUCGCUUGUUGGAUACCUGCCGGUGGAGGUGGGUAAACUGAAGAAUCUUGGGGAGCUGGAUAUAUCUGGGAACAGACUUUCAGGUGAAAUUCCUGAAGCAUUGGGUGAUUGUGAGAGCAUGGAAUAUCUGCACAUGCAGAACAACAAGUUUGAAGGAGCCAUUCCUUCAUCUUGGCGGCUGUUGAGAGGUAUCCAGUAUCUCGAUCUUUCAAGAAACAAUUUAUCGGGACAGAUCCCAGAAUAUCUAGUGAACAUACAUGCUUUGUGGCAUUUGAAUCUGUCAUUCAACAAUCUGGAGGGUGUAUUACCGCAAGAAGGGGUGUUCAGAAAUGUUAGUGCUAUUUCUGUAGGAGGGAAUGCCAAGCUUUGUGGAGGUGUUCCGGAGCUACGACUGCCUGAAUGCCCUGUUACGACUUCUGAGACAAAGGCGAGCAACCGGCUAGCCAAAAUAGUCAUCCCAACUGCCUGUACGCUAGCAGCUCUAGCUUUACUAUCAUGUAUUGGUUUUAUAUUUUAUGGUUUGAUGAGAAGGUCCAGAAAGACUCCCCAACACACCCCAUCUUUCCUGGAGGAGCCCUACAUGAAGAUCUCUUACAGAGAGCUACGUAAGGCCACUGAUGGAUUUUCCUCAAAAAAUUUGAUCGGUAAAGGAAGGUUCGGUCUUGUCUACAGAGGAACUUUGGACGGUAGUGGAUCCAUGGUCGCCAUAAAGGUCAUCAACCUUCGAAACCAUGGAGCUUCCACCACCUUCAUGGCUGAGUGUGAAGCCCUAAGCAAUAUCCGGCAUCGCAACCUUAUCAGGAUCUUGACUUGUUGUUCGAGCAUCGAUUCUGUUGGCAAUGAUUUCAAAGCUCUAGUUUAUGAGUUUAUGCCCAACGGGAGUCUAGAGGAGUGGUUACAUCCAGGUCCAGGGGAGCAGCAUCCUUCCAAAGUUCUCAACAUUUUUCAGAGGUUAAACAUAAUCAUUGAUGUAGCUUCCGCAUUAGACUAUCUCCAUCACCAAUGCCAGGUACCCAUAGUUCAUUGUGAUCUUAAGCCAAGCAACGUCCUUCUAGAUGAUGAAUUGACUGCCCAUGUGAGCGAUUUUGGGUUAGCCAAGGUACUGCUCAAGCACGAGAUUUCUAAAGUUCAAACCAGCUCCAUUGGGAUCAAAGGGACCGUAGGGUACGUUCCUCCAGAGUAUGGCAUGGGCGGUGAAAUCUCUACGAGAGGUGACGUGUACGGCUAUGGCAUUCUUCUAUUAGAAAUGUUUACAGGGAAGCGGCCAACCGAUGAAGCAUUCAAUGAUGGAUCAUGCCUCCAUGAUCUUGCAAGAAUGGUACAUCCUGAGCGAACAAUGGAAAUUAUUGAUCCACGAUCCUUCCUAAUAGCAGAUGAAGAAAUGAUGUCUUAUGGGAGGCAACAUAGCAUCAUGAGCAGCAGAAUAGAGCAGUGCUUGAUUUCAGUAAUUGGUAUUGGUCUAUCCUGUUCUGUAGCACAACCAAAUGCACGGCUGGAGAUGAGAGACGUCGUCACGAAAUUGCAUGCUAUCAGAGCCAGGCUUCUUAGAGGCGGUACCUGAGUUAAAUAGCAGUGUACACGUCUUUGGUGGCCAUGGCAGACAAAUGUGAAUGAAGAGGCAGCAACAUAAUUAUGACAGACAUAGUGCAGAGAUAUGUUAUCCUGAAAGCAUUAUUUACAACAAAUUCCGCGAAACCUUGAAAAAGCAUAAACCUUGUAUCCUUUAUAGAAAAAUAGUCAAUCUUUCACGGUGUUCCAUUGAAUCAUUAUAGCUUUGUCUUUUCAAAUUUCAUAGAAGCAAAUAGAGAAAAAUCUUUCACCAA